AAUGUUUGGAAGUGCUUCUUGUGAGUGAGUCGAAAAUCUACUUACUGGGGGAUGCUGAAUAUCAGCAUUUCUGAUAAAUAAACCAUUUCUCUAUGAUCUUUCAUUUGCUCAGUAUCUCCAGAGAAAAGUAGGGUUUGGGGGAGAGUGGGAGAGGAGUGCCAACAUUCUGCGAGGGGCAAAGGGGCAGAGAAGGGGCCAAUAACAUUUCACCAUGCAAACAGGAAAACUCGCUCUUAUAAUUUGUCUAGAGCCCCUCUGAUUCCCUGUGGUCAUCAUCAAACUACUCUUUCGCCUGAGGAAUGAUGGGUAGCAGCCCAGCUGCACUAGACAGGAGAGAAGAUUUGAGAAAGGAAUAAUGCUGUCAGCAUGUCUGCACACUCCAUGCUCUGUGAACGAAUCGCCAUAGCCAAGGAACUAAUCAAGAGAGCAGAAUCACUUUCUAGAUCAAGAAAAGGUGGCAUUGAAGGUGGUGCAAAGCUGUGCAGCAAGUUGAAGGCUGAACUAAAAUUUUUACAGAAAGUAGAAGCUGGGAAAGUAGCUAUUAAGGAAUCCCAUUUACAGAGCACUAAUCUAACACACCUGAGAGCCAUAGUGGACUCGGCAGAGAACCUGGAAGAAGUCAUUAGUGUUCUCCAUGUGUUUGGUUAUAUAGAUACCUUGGGGGAAAAGCAGAGCCUUGUGGUGGAUGUUGUUGCAAAUGGGGGCCACACUUGGGUGAAAGCAAUUGGCCGAAAGGCUGAAGCUCUGCACAACAUUUGGUUGGGCAGGGGCCAGUAUGGUGACAAAAGCAUCAUCAAGCAAGCAGAAGACUUCCUUCAGGCCAGUCACCAGCAGCCAGUACAGUAUAGCAAUCCUCACAUCAUCUUUGCCUUCUACAACAGUGUCUCCAGCCCUAUGGCAGAGAAGCUGAAAGAAAUGGGCAUAUCUGUGAGAGGAGACAUCGUAGCAGUUAACUCUCUGUUAGAUCACCCUGAAGAGCUCCAGUCGAGUGAGAGUGAAUCAGAUGAUGAAGGCCCUGAGUUUUUGCAGGUGACUAGGGUAGACCGAGACAAUAUAUUAGCAAGUGUUGCGUUUCCAACAGAGAUUAAGGUGGAUGUGUGCAAAAGAGUAAAUCUGGACAUCACUACUUUAAUCACCUAUGUAUCUGCUCUUAGCUAUGGAGGUUGCCACUUUAUCUUUAAAGAAAAAGUGCUCACAGAACAAGCAGAGCAAGAGAGGAAAGAGCAGGUUCUACCACAGCUGGAGGCGUUUAUGAAGGACAAGGAGCUAUUUGCUUGUGAAUCGGCUGUCAAGGAUUUUCAGUCAAUUCUAGAUACUUUGGGAGGACCUAGUGAGAGAGAGAGGGCCACCAUGCUAAUUAAGCGAAUGAAUGUGGUCCCAGACCAGCCUUCUGAGCGUGCCUUGAGACUAGUAGCCAGUUCAAAAAUCAAUAGUCGCUCAUUGACGAUUUUCGGGACAGGAGACACCCUAAAAGCGAUCACAAUGACUGCCAAUAGUGGUUUUGUCAGAGCUGCCAACAAUCAGGGCGUUAAGUUUAGUGUGUUUAUCCAUCAGCCCAGAGCACUUACUGAGAGCAAAGAGGCUCUAGCCUCCCCCUUACCCAAAGACUAUACAACUGACACUGAACACUAAGGAUAUCCUUUAAAUAUUGUCAUGGAUAUAAGUUAUUUAUACCAAAGGCUGCGUUUUCUUAUCUUAAUUGGAAAAAAAACCCUCGAUAGUAAAUAUAACUUAGAACUCAAACCAGUAGAGUUGAUUGUGUUUCUCAUCUAUAAAGUGUAUAACUUCCUAGAGUAGAAACAGCACAAGAGACAACCUUAUUUAUCAAACUAAGAACGAGUACAUCUAUGUAAGUCUUUCAGCUGUAUCACAAUGCUUGUUUGAUUCAGGAGGGCUAUCGGUAAUCACAUUUCAUAGAAUAUGGCUACACUGCACCUUACAUUAAAUAUCUGGAGAAAACUGAAGCUUGUUUUUUAUUAUAUUGAUUUAUCAGUUGAUAAUGGGUUGAGGCUGGGAAGUAAUAAUUUAUAAUUUUAGAUUCUAAAGUUAUGGUUGUUAUUAAUGACAAGAAACUUACUGAUUGCUAUGUGUCAGGCGCAGUCUGUGGGUAUGUUUACAAAGAGUACAUUAAUAUAGAAUAAAGAAAACUGAAUUCUGA